GAUAUUUGAUGCGGUAGAGGAGAGAGAGGCAGGAGGAGAGAGGCAAGAGAGGCUCGGCUGAACAGUGAUACUCCAAGCCGAUAGCAGCCGCCCGACGGGGAAGAUAUUCUUAUUUUUAGUUUCAAGUUAGCUGUGAUAGGCGAGUAUCAUGAUGGAGCAGCAGUUAGACUGUGCGCUUGACCUGAUGCGCAGGCUGCCUCCUCAGCAAAUAGAGCGUAACCUGAGUGACUUAAUUGAUUUGGUGCCAUCAUUGUGUGAAGAACUUUUGUCAUCUGUUGAUCAGCCUCUUAAGAUAGCACGAGACAAGAACAGUGGAAAAGAUUACCUACUUUGUGACUACAACAGAGAUGGGGAUUCCUAUAGGUCACCGUGGAGCAACACCUAUGACCCGCCUUUAGAAGAUGGAGCUAUGCCCAGCGACAGGCUACGUAAAUUAGAAUUAGAUGCAAAUCAGGCGUUUGAUCAAUACCGUGAUAUGUACUUUGAAGGUGGCGUUUCUUCUGUAUAUCUUUGGGACCUAGACCAUGGGUUUGCAGGUGUAAUUCUCAUAAAAAAAGCUGGUGAUGGUAGUAAGAAAAUUAAAGGUUGCUGGGAUAGUAUCCAUGUUGUUGAGGUAGUAGAGAAAUCCAGUGGACGUUCGGCGCACUACAAGCUCACUUCUACUGCGAUGUUGUGGCUACAAACUAAUAAACAGGGAUCUGGCACCAUGAACCUAGGCGGCUCACUUACCAGACAGAUGGAACAAGACUGCCCCGUUUCCGAGUCAUCUCCACACAUUGCGAAUAUUGGCCGUAUGGUGGAAGACAUGGAGAACAAGAUCCGCAACACGCUUAAUGAGAUCUACUUUGGCAAGACAAAGGACAUUGUUAAUGGACUCCGCUCUGUCCAGCCCCUCCCAGACCAAAAGCAGCAUGAUGCCCUCAGGACUGAGAUUGCAAAGGCUCUCAUUAGGAGACAAGCAAAAGGCUCUAAUGAUGAGAAUAAUUAGGCUGUCAAGCUUCUUUCUAGGUUUGUGGAUCACACAAACCAGGGCUAAGAAAAACUGCAAGAAUACGGUUCUGUUUGUAACGAUGGCCUACGCCUGUUAAUGGGCAUGAAACACACGAUUUCAGGCCACACAGAUUAGCCUUCUCUGGCAGGACUUGUUAGUGGAUGUUGCUGUGGUGUUUGCAAUGAUAUAAUGCUUGGUGAUAUGUGAAUCAACAUCCCUACUCUGGACACAACUGCCAUUGGUCGAGGGUCAGAGUGUGUACAGCUUCGUGGUGUCACAAAACAAAUAACCAGCUUUGUGAAAACUGAAAGUGAUUAUUGAGACACUUGAAGCAGAAAAUAAGUGGCUAGUAAGGUCCAGUGGAGAGAAUGAAGACUUACUUCUCUGUGAAAGUAUCAUUCCACUGGGUAGGAAUGCAUAUUUCUUAAAAGAAAUGAGCAGCAUUAGAAAAUGCUUAUAAUGCUUGCAAUAAAUUCUAGUUCAUUUCAAAGAUGAUCGUAAUUGUUAUGGCUGUAUGAAAUGCUUAAAAAUCAGUAAUAUAUCCAGUUCCUGCUUGAAAAGUAGCUAUACAGAUAACCUGGCUACUUCCCAGGUGAUUUUUUUCCUAUUUGUUUUAAGUUAUAAGGCCAAAGAAUAAUUUUAACUUCAAAAGGCAACCACACACAAGUUCCAGCACAUUUAAAGUGUUUAAAAUUGUUGAUAUUUUUAGCAAUUUAUGCAAUAUUAAAAUGAAGGGAAAAAGGAAGCUUGGGUGGUAACACUUUAGGUGCUUCUAACAGUUCCAUCGCAUUUGCUGUAAUUUGACGAUAUUCUCAUCGUCAGUAAUGAAUGGUCUUUGUACGGGGCAAUUUAUCUAAUUGUCAGAAAAUGGGGGUUUCCUCUUGGAAGAGCCCAGUGUUUCUUGGGAGAUAUCAAAUUGUGAGGGCAUGUGUGGUUAAGUUUUUUUUACACAAUUGGUAGUUUUUCUUUCUUUGUUGGGAGUUUUUUCUCUAUGGUGUUUCUAAUGGAAAUGAACUUUAUCAUUACUUAUGAAAACCCAUGCAGUAAUUUUGGAUUUAAUAUUGAAGUGAUUUGAAAGUUUCCAUUUAUUUUGGGUGAUCCUUAUCUCUACUUUCUCUUCAGAAGUGAUUUUUAUGUGUGAUCUACUGUUUCUACUUUUGUAAGCCUAGUCCUCUUUCUGCGGCUGUUAACACUGUGUCAACGCUGGUAAGUGAUAGUUAACGUCAAAUUAACACCAUUAGUUAGCAUGUUACAAUUGAGGAAACGUUUUUUUUUUUCAUCCUUUGAUAAUUUAAAAUUGAAUUUUUACAUAAAUGUGAUGUUAAUAGCUGGAUUGAACAUCGGAGUGCAUGACUUAUCUUUAUUAUUAUGGCAAGUGUUUCUAUCGCUCGUUCCCUUGGCGGACUUUAUAAAGGUAGCGAGACACUUGACGACGACAUGCAUGACUAAGGACGUCCAUCAGUUACCAGCGCAGCCACCGACAUAGGGAUUGUUAGGCAAGCUCAUGCUACUUGUCUUGGGGGCAAUAAGGAUCUAGGCAACAAGUGCAUUGAUGUAAACAUGUUCUUAGUAUUUCAUAUUCAUGUGCUUUUUUUUUGUCAUUUUCAUUACUGUUAUGUAUGAAUCGAGAGUUUUCAAGAAUUUUAAAUUUUAUUUGUUAGCUGUUGGUCAUGGGUUAGAAAAACAUUGUAUGGAAUCAUUCAGUCUAUAAGUGCAUUAAGCUUGAUUAUCAUAUAAAUUUUCCUUUAAUGAGGAACUCCUUGUCUCAGCUGGGUAUUUUCUUAAUUAUUUAUAGAGUUCAAUAUAUAUAUAUGGGCAUAUAUUAUGGUACUCUUGCCUAGAGCCUGGCUGAAUGACACUAUUUAUUAUUACCACACGUUCUGUUUAAAGUAUAUAAUAUGGAGAACUAUUGAUCAUAUCCACGUUGUAUUUCCUUUAAGGCCAUGUGAUCGUCUCGUUGUUAUGCAUUUGCCCUGUGUGGCAGACACUAUUUUUGAUCAAAGAAUUGAUUAUACAAGUAUUUGGUAA